AUGCCUCCGCGUAAGCGCCAGUCUGGGUUAAUGUUCCAAGGCUCUGUUCAAGAGUCUGUGGACAUCAACCCACAAGAAGAGGCUGGUCCUGUCGCUGGAGAGAAGUCAGCUCCAGGCCGUAGAAACCGCGCUAGAGACGUAGUCGACGCUGGUAAAGACUAUGUCGCACGAGGCGUGCAAAAGCUUGUACAGAGUAAAAAGGAUUUUUGCGCGGCGUGUAAGCGCAUUCCUUUUGACGAGUGCUUGCCUGAUUCAUCAAAGGGCAACAACGAAUCGAAGCAAGACGCCUUCGUCAUAUAUCUGAACUUGGAGACGAUACUGGAUAAUAGCGGAAUCUGCAGACUAUGUAGUCUGUUGGAGAAGAGUAUAUGUCAAGAAGAUCACGACCUGCUGAAGGCUGAACACAUCCGGAAGCACUUGCCCGAGACAUUCGACGAGCACACGAGCAUGUCCGAAUGGAUCCCAAAGUACAAAGACGACGAUUCAUGGCCAUUCGGCUUUACUUCAGACCGCUCGGGUGCUUCUGACCAUGCAGUGGAUGAAGCCAAGAGGCUAUUCUCGGAGGCCGAAGAUCGUGAUACGAAGAUGAACAAUGUCAGCGAUAUGUAUCAAUCGAUAACGGAAGAUGCAGCACUGGCAGUAGAAGCGGCGCAGCUAGCUCUGGACAUGGUUCCACUCUCGAGGAUAGAGGACAAGGACGCACGAGAGGUGUUUACGGCACUGCGGUUCAUUACUCGUCAGGUCGCCAACAUCCAGAACAUGACACGUGCGCGAUUACCCUGUAUCUUCAUGUUGAGAAUGUAUCGCAGCAAUGAGAAGAAAGCCGGUGCUUUGAGCGUUCGUGUUUAUGCUCACGGAGGGGCUGCAUUGGCCCCGUUGCAAGAGAUUACCCACGUCAGUCUGCGGUUCGAGAAUACUGAGGAGCCACGACAAUUCGAAAAACAACUCUGGUAUGGAAACAGGUUAGAAAAACGUAUCGACAUUCCCUUCUUCAAGCAUUGCAUCGAAGAGUGCAGACAGGAACACAGUGGUAAAGAUGGAUGCGCUAGUCCAUUGAGCAGCGCUGUCAAACCCGACGACAAGACCAUCUUUCGCCUUAUAAACGUGAAUACGAUGAGCGUAAAGAAACUGAUGUACCUUGAAGUCAUGAAAGGCUCCAAAUAUCCCUAUGCAGCACUCAGUUAUCUGUGGGGAAAGCCGCUAUCGCUUGAGGGCUGGACACUUGUUUCAGAUCGGGAAUCGGUAGGAAAGAAAAAAUGGAAAAGGAGAAAGCAGGACGGUAGUUGGGCCUUCCGAGAUGAGUGUCUUGACAGGACAAAGCUCAGGAGAGGGCACGAGUCGAACAUUUUGUACAGGGACGGGGGUCUUAAGGACAUGAUGUCUAGCAUACCAAAGACCAUUCGGGAUGCGAUCGACGUUACGAAGAAUGUAGGUUUGGACUACAUAUGGGUCGAUCAGCUGUGCAUAAUCCAAGAUGAAGGAGACCCAGACAAAAAGCUCAACAUUGAACGCAUGGAUACGAUAUACAGCCACGCGCAGUUUACGAUCGUUGCAGCUGAUGGCAAAAAUGCUGAUUCUGGCUUGAGAGGAGUAGGAUGCGACCGGGGUGAGCUCGAGCAGAUCAGCGAGGAAAUCGUCCCUGGAGCGAAUAUGUCACUACCCGUCAACAUCAAAUGGGAUAUCCGAUUGUGGGAGUCAAGAGCAUGGACUUUUCAGGAGAAAGUCUUAUCCAAGAGACUCCUCGUCUUCACUGGUGGCUGCGCAAUUUGGUAUUGCAGAGGCGGUAUCUGGAGAGAGGAUGUAAAUGCUCUGGAUGGCGAUAUCUCCGCCGUCAGGUUCCCUUGGCCUCGUAUGGCUGCUUCAACGCCUUCCAAAGACAAACUAGAAGGGGCAGGUCUGAGUUCGAGGGCAGAUGGUGGCAUAUGUAUGCAUAGACGGUCCGUCAUGUAUGAUUACGUUGCAGCAGUCGAAGACCUUAGUUCAAGAGAUAUUACCAAUGCUGGGGACAUCCUGGGUGCUUUUAGAGGUGUUUCUAAGGUUUUGGGAACCCAAGAGCAUCUAGGGAGACACUUUUGGCAAGGACUUCCAGUCCACUUCAUGGACGUUGCAUUACUCUGGCAAACUAGUCGACCGGCCCAUCGAAGAGACAAGGCCGAUGAGGACGACCGAAUCCCACCUAGCUGGUCUCCGUUUGGCUGGGCAGCAGACUCCGACACCGUGAGUAGCGCCCCCGCGCGUACUCUCAUCGAAUACACGAAGCCGUACGAAGUAUGGUCAGAUGGCAAGGGCAUACUUCUGCGUCGCGAUCCGGACGGAACGGAUAAGGAGACACGUAAGAUGACACGAUGUUCGGGAAGAGUUACGGCUGAGGAGCGUAUUCGCCCCAUAAAACACACUCUUUGGAAACAUAACGUCAAUGGCACCUCUCUCGAGCCCGUGGGCUUGUUCGGUCGAAAGGAAUUCAUGGAUGGAUUUGAUCCACCUGACUGGGAGUCUUCAAACUCAAAAACAGAACAGCCUCGACCCCUACCUGCGCAAAUCUUUGGUGACCGGACGCUGGUGAUCUUCGCUCAAACUGCAAUGCUCAUCCUCCAUCAGCAAACUUGGAGGACAAUAAGAACUUCCUACGUCAAAAGCCACGACGUAUCCAGAGUCACCUUUGAGAACACCGAUAUCAAGUCCGAUACACUGGGAGAAACCAUCACAACACGCCAGGAGUAUUGGCUCCGCGCCCAGAAGUCGGAAGGUGGUGGCAACUCCGAAAAAGGUCUAGCGAAUGUGGAAGGCGGUAUUGAAGAUGUGAAAAUAGGCGUGGGCAGGAUUGACGAGGCCGAUUUCGGUGCGAUCAACACGAGCGUCAAAGCUGUAGUUCUCUCAGAAGCGCAGUACCUUGGAAACGAAGACGUACCAGAUGUACUCGGGUAUCCGUUGUACACUGUGAUGCUUGUGCGCCAGAGCGAGAAGCACGCUAGAGUGUAUGAGCGUGUUGGAUUAGGUCACGUUCACAAGAGCAAGUGGAAGAAGCUUUCACCAAGAAAGGAGACAGUGUGUCUGAUCUGA